AUGGAAAGCAGCCCAAAGGAUUCGAAGAAGGCGACGCCAACACGCAAGCGCAGCAAGACCAACGAUGCUGAUUCCGCAUCGCCUCUGAGCGAUUCCGAAAAGGAGAUCAACAUAGCCGAAGAUGGCGAAGCGAAGAAAGAAGAGGCGAAGAGUCCUUCCUCUCCCUCGGCCAAGAAAAAGAAAUCAUCCAAGAAGAAGGAGAAGACGCCUGCUGCGGCUCCCGUUGUCUUGGAAGACAAGGAAGAGAAGGAGGAGGUGCCAGCCGCGUCUAUCGUGUCGCCUCGCAAUGAAGAGAAACCAGCCAAGGAGCCCGCCGAGGCUCUCGUCUCGCCCAGGGGCUUCACGCGCAAGCGAUCUGACACAGUGCUCAGCGAUUUCGAGGAUGUCUUAGAUGUGGCCGACGAAGAAGGCCUCACGGACGACCAGGUCUACAUCACGAAGGUGAUGCGUGGUAUCCGCAAGGGAGCUAUGUACGGCGAGACGCUGGGCAAGCUCCAGAGAGAUGAGAAGGAGCUCGAGAUGAUGAAGGACGAGGAUCGCGAGCCCAUGGGCGUCCUGGGCUUCAUCCGUCGGGACUACAAGGACAAGGUGAUGUUCAAGUUUAACAGUCCUACGCCUGCCGGUUCGAGGAUUCCGCUCAUGAAGAAGGACAAGGUCGUCAUCAUGACCGACUACGCACCCAAGAUCUUCAACAACAUCAGGUUCGUUGAACACAUACACUCCCCGCUUCGCUCUUUCCUUCGUAGGAGCGGUUCGCUUUUUGUCAGCUCCUCCGACUCCCGCUUUAUUUUCAAGACCAUUCCCGAGUUUGAGGUCGAGACGCUGUUGGAGAUUCUGCCCUCGAUCCACCAACACUUUGUGGACCACCCCGAAUCCAGAAUCAUCAGGUUCCUCGGUCUGCACCACUUCUAUGAUACGAUCACGAAGGAGGAGACCCACUGCAUCGUGAUGAACAACCUUUUGCUUCAUCCCUCCUAUGCCAUUGACGAGAAGUGGGAUCUCAAAGGCCGAAUUCCCAAGCCUGGCAAGCAAGGCCGUUUUGCGGACAAGGUCGACAGAUCGAAGAAGGUGCUCAAGGACAACGAUCUCCUCGAUCGGCGAUUUCACCUCUCCGAAGAGGCCAGGGACGAGCUUCUCAGAACGCUGACUGCUGAUGUCGAAUUUUUGAAGGAGCACAACUGCAUGGACUACAGUUUGCUGGUGGGCGUUCAUUUCCUGAGCGAGGCCGAGAAUGCCGUUGAGGUGGCGCACGACAGCGCGGAACAAAAGGCCAAAGAGGAGAAGAAGGCCAAGAAGAGCAAGAAGGGAAAGAAGAAGAGCAAGAAGAACGUUGACGAGCGAGAGGCAGAGGCGGAGGAAGAGGAGCAACCGCAGCCGCAGAACGACGCACACCCGCUGUUGGAGGGCGUCAUGGGACCCAUUCACAGCGACCCCGCCUUCGUCAAGGAGAUCUACUUUGUGGGCAUCAUCGAUCCACUCUCGCGGUACAAGCUCAAGAAGAAGGUCGCCCACUUCCUCAAGGAGAUCAUCUGGGACGCCGACACCCUUUCUACCGUGCCGGCCGAUUAUUACGCCGAGAGGUACACCCGGUACCUGGAGGAGAUAUUUGUACACCGCCAGCCGGGUGGCGAGGCCGUGGCUCCGGCUGCGGCCGCUGCCCCCGUGCCUGCCCCCGCCGAAGUCGUCGUCGCCGCCGCCAAGGACGAGAAGGAGGUCACCCCCAAGCCCGAGGCUUCGUCCGAGGAGAAGGAGAAGAAGGGAACGCUCAAGAAGAAGAAGGCCAAGAAGGACAAGGAGGACGCCGUCGCCGCGCCGGCCGCGGUGGUGGCCCCCGAGCCCGUCGUGGUGCUGGUCAAGGAGGACGCCGAGGAGGCGGCGCCGGCUGCUAUCGUGGUCGACCCGACGGCCGCGGAAGUGGAGAUCAAGAUCGGCGAGGAGCCCUCUUCGCCCAUCGUCGCCGCUGCCGCCAGCAACAAGGACGGCGGCAAGAAGAAGCCAAAGAAGUCGAAGAAGCCCAAGGCUGCUGCCGUCGUAGCGGCAGCGGAGAACGGAGAGAGUGUAACAACACCAUCGUCAUCGUCUUCACCUUCGUCUUCGAGCACGACGACGCCAACGACUGCGCCGGCGACGAGUAACGGCGGCGCGGGCGCGGAGGUGGAGAUCAAGAUUGAGGGUCCGCCCAAGAAGGAGAAGAAGAGCAAGCGGGACGGCACGCUCAAGAGGGAGAAGAAGAGCAAGUCCAAGGACCAGUAA